UCUAUUUAUAUUCUUAUGUGCACACAGCAAUAUGAACUGCAACACCAACUUCUUCGUCUUCAAGUUCAUCGGAAUUCUCGAAAAAAUCGAUUGAGGUGGUCGAGUUGCACGUGCGGUGAACAUGGAUUAAUGUGGCAAAAUUGUUGCACAGAAAUGGGGAACAGUCCAAGCGGCACUCGUCUUCUAGGAAACGGAAAGUAUUCUUACAAUAUUAAAAUGGGCGAAGCGGCUACCAUUAGCGUGUUAAAAGAUGAAAAGAGGCCACGCUGGAAACUCGUGUACGACGUAGACGGAAUGACAUCUUCUGUUCUUUGCGUAUUCAAAACCACCGACAAAAAUUUAGGUAAUGAUGUAAUAUUCGUCGAAGUAGCAGAUUGCGAUGCCGACGAAGAAACAGAGGGGGAUUCAAAGGUUGUUCGUCCCGAACCACGUCAAAAUUUUGGCGUAAAAAUGGAAAAGGGAAAAAAUGAAACUGGUCUGUUUUCCGUAUAUGUUUUGAAUGAUAAUGAUCCCUUAGCGGCAGGGGAAGUAAGAAAGCAAGGUGUAUCACGGAGGGGCGAGGUAGAAACGCAGUUUUGGGCAUAUGGGUGUGGAACAAGGAAGGGUCUUUUUGUUGUGGUGAAGAAGAAGAAGAAGAGCAAUGAAAAACUAGCGUACAUGGUAACCGUGGCGCAUUAUUACGUGAAUAGUGGGAGUGGUUGUGGUGUUGAUAUGGGUUUUUCAGUUGUGGUGAAGAUCGGAGUGAAUAAUGGGGUGUUAGAUUUUAGCGUCGAUGGCCCUGAGGAACACCCUACUUCGGCGUUACUUUUCAUGAUCGAAGAAGUGAUUCAAACGGCGUCGUGGAACCCUUCUGCAUGCCCUCAUUGCAAGAAUAUCCAAUCGCAGCGCCGUAGAUGGCUGUCUGAGAGUGAAGAAGACAGCGACGCACCUUUUCCGGCACCGCCACGUUAUGGAGGCUCACAAAACACAGCAAAUAAGGGACGCUUCAACGGCGAUGGCAUCGGUAGUAUGAUUCAAGCAAAGGAAGUUAACUUCAAUAAAUGGUGGAGAUUCCGAUAACCCGGCAGAUAUGUAAUAUGGAUACCGAUAUUUUGAGACCAUAUUUUUUUAACCACUUAUGACAUGAUAAAUGUUAUAAGAAAAAGUUGUCAAAAAUUUAGUAAUUAAAAUAUUAUUGUCUUUUUUUUUUAUUAUGA